AUGGCAGCGGGAGGGGGCACAGUCCACAUCCUUCUGUCGGAGGAAGGCUGGGAGAUCUCCACGUGCCUCCUGCAUCAGUACCACUAUGUUGCUGCUAAAAAGACUUGGGCUGAAGCUCAGGCCUACUGCAGAAAGACAUACACGGACCUGGCCAUCAUUAGAAACUCUGAAGAAAUUAACCAACUCAUCAGCACCGUUGCAUCUUUUGGCUCUAACGUGUGGAUUGGCCUGUACACACAGCUGAAUCCUGAAUAUGUUGUCAUGAGUCAAAAAAUGAAUUGGUCCAGCGCUCAGAGGUACUGCAGGGAGAACUUCAUAGACCUGGCCACUGUGAGGAACGACUCUGAGAACCAGAAGGUCCUGAGCUUGGGGCAGAGUAAACGCUGGACAUGGAUUGGAUUGUUCAGAGACCCUAACCUGUAUUGGUCCGAUGGGAGUGGCUACUCAUUCAGCUACUGGUCCACAGGUCCAUUCACUAUUGGAUCGACGAGGGCCUGCGUUCUUGCUUUGCCGAGCACAGGAAAAUGGAAGACAACGUCCUGUGAGACUAGAUUACCGUUUGUCUGCUACAGCGUGCCUGCAGUCAUGAGGCAGACAAUUAAACUGAGGAUGAAGCCAGGGGACCCCUCUCUGGAUCUGAAUGACCCUGCUGUAAAAGCAGACAUCCUGAAAAAAGCUCCAGGACAGGAUGAAGAAGAAUGGAAUGAGUGGAGUCACCCUGAAGUGGAGAGAACAGCCUGA